CUCCGCCGCCGACUUCCUGCAGUGGGUGGAGGCAGUCGCUGAGGUCUCCGCUGCUCCCGCCCCCUUCUCCACCAAGCCUUCCCUCGCCUCUACGAUCGCUUCGGAGCUGCUGCUGGCUGAUUGCUUGCUGCUGCUGUUGUUGUUGUUGCUGCUGCCGCCGCCGCAACGUGAGGCUUUGCAGUGCAGCAAUGCUGCGAGCGAUGGACGUGACGAGCCGACCGAGCGGCGGCGGGGACCCCAACGCCCUGCCCGAGGGCGUGCCUACACCAGCGCGCAUGGUCUACAUGUCCGAGAAGCAUCCACGCAUCACCCUGGAGGCCAUCAGCGUGCUCCGGCGACACCGCGAGCUCUGCGAUGUCGUGCUGGCGGUGGGCAGCCGCAAGAUUUACGCGCACCGAGUGGUGCUGUCGGCGUGCUCCCCCUACUUCCACGCCAUGUUCACGGGCGAGCUGGCCGAGUCGCGGCAGACAGAGGUGUCCAUCCGUGACGUCGACGAGACGGCCAUGGAGCUGCUCAUUGACUUUGCCUACACGGCACAGAUCACGGUGGAGGAGUGCAACGUGCAGGCCCUGCUGCCGGCCGCCUGCCUGCUUCAGCUGGCCGAGAUACAGGACACCUGCUGCGAGUUCCUGAAGCGGCAGCUCGAUCCCUCCAACUGCCUGGGAAUCCGCGCCUUUGCCGAUACGCACGCGUGCCGAGACCUCCUGCGCACCGCCGACAAGUUCACGCAGCACAACUUCCAGGAGGUAAUGGAGAGUGAGGAGUUCAUGCUGCUUCCUGCCAACCAGCUCAUCGACAUCAUAUCCAGCGAUGAGCUAAACGUGCGCAGCGAGGAGCAGGUGUACAGCGCCGUCAUCGCCUGGGUCAAAUACAACAUCCAGGAGCGCCGGCCACAGCUCCCUCAGGUGCUGCAACAUGUCCGUCUGCCCCUGCUCACACCCAAGUUCCUGGUGGGCACAGUGGGGACGGACCUUCUGGUGAAGAGUGAUGAGGCAUGCAGAGACCUCGUGGAUGAAGCCAAGAACUAUUUGCUUCUGCCCCAAGAGAGACCGCUCAUGCAGGGCCCCCGCACGAAACCCCGCAAGCCCAUCCGCUGCGGGGAGGUGCUCUUCGCAGUGGGUGGCUGGUGCAGCGGCGACGCCAUCUCCAGCGUGGAGCGCUACGACCCGCAGACCAAUGAGUGGCGCAUGGUGGCCUCCAUGAGUAAGCGGCGCUGCGGCGUGGGGGUGGCCGUGCUCGAUGACCUCCUCUAUGCCGUGGGCGGCCACGAUGGAUCCUCCUACCUCAACAGUGUGGAGCGGUACGACCCCAAAACGAACCAGUGGAGCAGCGACGUGGCGCCCACCAGCACGUGCCGCACCAGCGUCGGCGUGGCUGUGCUCGCCGGAUUCCUGUACGCCGUCGGCGGGCAGGACGGAGUGAGCUGCCUAAACAUUGUGGAGAGAUAUGACCCCAAGGAGAACAAGUGGAGCCGGGUAGCAUCUAUGAGCACGCGGAGACUCGGGGUGGCGGUGGCUGUGCUCGGGGGACACCUGUAUGCAGUCGGGGGCUCAGACGGGACAUCGCCUCUCAACACUGUGGAGCGAUACAGCCCCGCCGAUAACCGGUGGGCGCCGGUGCCGCCAAUGGGCACUCGGCGCAAGCACCUGGGCUGCGCUGUUUACCAGGACUGCCUGUACGCGGUGGGUGGGCGCGACGACACCACCGAGCUGAGCUCGGCGGAGCGCUACAGCCCCCGCGGAAACACGUGGAGCCCGGUCGUCGCCAUGAGCUCCCGUCGGAGCGGGGUGGGCCUAGCCGUCGUCAAUGGACAGCUCAUGGCCGUCGGAGGGUUUGAUGGAACCACCUACCUCAAAACCAUCGAGGUCUACGACGCAGAGGCCAACACGUGGAGGUUGUAUGGAGGCAUGAACUACCGCCGCCUUGGAGGAGGGGUUGGAGUGGUUAAAAUGACGCAGUGUGAAUCUCACAUUUGGUAGCAGAAGACGCAGCGCGUUCCGUGUCCGCGUGCAGUCCACGUGCUCCGUUGAAACACGCACGAACACACGUGCACACAGGCACAUGCACGCUUUUCUUAAAUAAGUGCACAUCGAUACUUUUUGGAAAGGAGUCCAGGAGAUAUACUGGUGGAAGGGCUUUAUUUAUUCCGGUAACACAGUGACAUGUGCUCGUAGCGAACGAGAUUCAAAAAAGCUCCACUGAGUUUUCCCUAGCCCAUCCGUUGUGCUUUUUGGGACCCCCUUCUCGACCCUUUUCAACCUCCGUGGACCUCUACACACAUCCGGCCCCUCUGCCUUCAAGGGAUCUUCAAACGGGGCCCCUCUUUCAAUUGGAAUUUUGCCUGCGCCUUUACCCUUAAAUCGGCGAUCAGACAGCUGGACCGCUCUGCGGCUGGACCGCUCAGCGAUCAGCCAGCUGGACCGCUCGCCGAUCAGCCAGUGGCACGGGGGGGGGGGGGGUGGAGCUUGUGCUCAUCCCCCGGACAUCAGUGAUCCGGUCGGUUAUUCCGGGGGGUUGUGUGAUGCUGCCGCUGCCACAGCAAUGAACCUGCACUGUUAUAUCUGACGUUAAAAUCGGUCUCCCUUGGGACAACGCCAGGUUGCUAUGCAUGCUGCAGUGGAAGAUGUUUAGGACAUGCUCGUAAUAAGCAAUACUUUAAGUGUAUUGAAGUACAUAAGUCACAGCAGCCCGAUCUAGUCGCAGUCGUAAAAGACUGCAACUACAAUUUCUGUUGUAAUGUGUGGUAAAGACAACUUUGAAGCGAUGUAGCAGGUGGUGGAAACUCCCAUGUUCCUAUGGCAGGGGACCAUUUACUCCACAGGAUCCAGUGGUAUAGACUCACUAAGCGGUGCUCAUUUUAGUUACCAAGUGAGGAUGACAAUGAUGAUGGUAAUGUGAAACCUGGAUUGCAUAUGCACUCACAGCUCUAUGCUUGGAAGUCCUGUUGCUUUUGUAUAUCCAGUGCAUUAUAAUAACAACGACGUCAACUGAGUACCAUACUCAAACUCUGUACUUGUACAAUACAACCGACAAUCACACGCACACACACGGCCAUUCUCAACAAUAUAGUAACGACCAACUAUCCAUGCGUCUUGAUUGCCAUGUGUAUGGCACGCCGUAGUCGUGUUCAGCUAGCCAUGCGUUCAGGCGCAUUUAACUGGCGACAUGUCCGAGGCAAAGCGCUCGCAAUGUCUCACGGCUAUGCAGUUUCACCUCGUCGUAGCGAACGCACACUCGGCCUAGAACACUCGGGUUCCCUCCAAUUUCUAUCGCAACUGAAUAGAGCCUUACAUAUAUUUUGGUACUGCAUAGAUGUUUUGUUUUGUUUAAAUGCACAACCAAGCACCUGCCCUCUGCGAGUCGCAAGGGCCUCUUUCUCUGCAGAGGGUCCUGCGUGGAAUGUUUGGCUCAAGUUUUCGAGAAACAUCAUUGGCCUCUCAUGCAGCGAUUAAAGAUUUGUAGCAAUGCUUGCACGAGUUCCGUCCUUUGAAUUGCCCGCAGCAUAAAUGGCAUCGCUCGUAUUGUGAAAUAGCGAACUUGCACACCGAAACGCGCUGUGUGUUUCAACGCAUUGUUUGAGGGCGACUUGCACCCAAACUGCCCUGGAGAGUCUUUCACGAGUCGCCUCCAGUCACACAUGGCACGUGCAAUUUUCCGCGCGCACCUGCACGUGCGCGCACACUUCAACGUAACACAUCUUUAAACCACGGUUGCGUUUUUUCUAACGUUUACAUUUUUGAAAGAAGUCCCUUGCAUUGAAAAACUCUUUGUAUAUUGUAAAGUUGUCUGUUAAUUAAUAAACUGUUACGUUAAACUAUAAUAAUAAAUGGGCCGCAUUGUG